UUUCUUUGCAGAAUAAAAAAUCACAAAGUGAUGGAAAAACUUCCGGUUCCGACAAAUCACCAAAAACCAUAAAUAAUAACAACAACAACAGUAGUACCGCUAAUGGUAAUAUUUGCGGAAAACAUUCAUCCUCGUCGAGCAGUAAAACUAACUGGAAGGGCAUGCCUUCAUCAAACGUCAGCUCAGCACGUGAAUCGUCAUCGACGCAGGGUGGCAGUGCAUCACAAGCCUCAACCACAACCGUACCAAAAGUCUUUCACAAUACCCGCUGUACCCGGCAUCACAAGGCUCACAGUCAUUCGCCAAAUCGUAACGGUAAUGGUAUGGCCAUCGGAGCAGAUAUUGCCCAUCACACACUUAACGGUCACAGUCACAAUGGUCACGGCCACAUUCAUCAUCUACCCAGUGCCGGACAUCGAAAGAAAACGGAAUCCGUAUUGUCGACAGAUUCGGAUAUAAGAUUUACCCGGCGAAAAUUGGGUGAUAGCCAGAAGUGUGGUUGUGCUGUGAUUGCAGGAUUUCUAGUCGCUCUCUUGGUGGCUGGGGUAUUUGUUUAUGUGGGAUAUACCUAUUUCAAACCGGAACCAUUGUCUGAUCGAAUUUUCCGUGGCAAAUUCCAAAUAUUAAAUGACAAAUGGUCCAUGGACUUGGCAAAUCAAAAUUCUCAGAGAUUCCAGCAAAAGUCAAGGGAUUAUAGGGAACGUAUCAACCUAUUAGUGAGACGUUCGGAUCUACGCGAAGCCUAUGAGGGUAGUGAAAUAUUGGCAUUAGAUGGUUUCGAAGAUAAAAGCGAUAUUCUGGUCCAUUUCAAUAUGGUCUUCGAUCCCUAUGCUGGCCUGGUGAAUACCGCAGAUCUUCUAGCCCUAUUUGGCGAAGAGUUUAACAGUCCGAAUCCCCGGUAUUUUGCCAACAUAACUGUCGAUCCCCAGUCAUUGAUGAUCAAAGAAGUUACGGGUCUAAUUGAAGAACCGAUUAUGUCCUCGUCACCCUUAGGUGGUGAUGAUGAGACCACAGAGAUAAUAACCACCACCCCUAGACAACCACGACGUUGUGAACCUCUAAAAUUAAAUUACUGUCGGUCGAUUGGUUACAACAUUACCACCUAUCCAAAUCUAUUGGGUCACACCUCCUUCGAAGAAGUCCAGGCCGAUGUUAUCGCCUUUCGCGAAUUGGUUGAUGCCGAAUGUUUCCGUGAGGCAUUUGACUUCGUGUGCCGUCUGCUGCAACCGCCCUGUGAGGGACAAAUAAAUGUAGAACCCUCACCGGGUAUUAUGUGUCGGGAGUAUUGUGAGCAGUUUAUGCGAGGAUGUGGCAAUCGAUUGCCAAAGCGUUUCCAGAAAUAUUUCGAUUGUGAAAAGUUCCCAGAAUCGACGGGUAUACAGUCGUGUCAUCAUAAGCCCCGCUGUGCCAGUGAUAUGCAAAUGAAUGCUCAUAGUCCACGUUUGUGUGAUGGUGUUGCCGACUGUCCAGAUCUGUCAGAUGAAAGGACCUGCUCGUUCUGCACAAGUAAUUCAUUAUAUUGUGGUCGUGGUAGAGCCUGUGUGCCACGCAAGGCUCGAUGUGAUGGCAAGGCUGAUUGUCCAGAUGGUUCGGAUGAAAAGGAUUGUCUUUCCAUUGCCCCCUUGGCCUCGGAAUUAAUCGAUCCUGAACCCAUGGUACCCUACUUGCCACGAUUCCACCCUGAAGGAUAUGCUGUGUUUUCGGAAAAGGGUUCUGUGGGAAAACUAUGUGCUGAAGGUUUGGAAGGUGAUAGUAAACUGGUAGUUCGGCAAACUGUGGCCGAGUCUCUGUGCAAAUCUUUGGGCUAUGAAUCUGUGGAAAUCUUCGAUGUGGUUACGGAUACUGAAAACAUCAAUGAUUAUGUGAGGGUGUUGGACCCACAUGCUCCCGAAAUUUCCUUUGUGCGUACCCAUUGUCCCCGCCGUCAGGUACUCUAUGUAGGAUGUGGCGAGCUGCAGUGUGGCAUACAAUCGGUAUUGACGGGCAAACAACAUCUUACCCUACCCAAAAUGUCUUCGCCUGGAGAUUGGCCUUGGUUGGCGGCAUUGUAUCGUGAGGAUAUUCAUGUGUGCGAUGGUACUUUGAUCUCCCCCGAUUGGGUUCUCACCACUGAAUCCUGCUUCCAAGGCCAGCCAAGAGCCACAUGGAUGGCCGUUUUCGGUUCCGUACGUCUAGCUUCCAAGGCUCCAUGGACCCAACGCCGACGUAUAAUUGGCAUGAUUAAGAGCCCCGUCGAAGGUUCGACCGCAGCUUUGAUACGCCUUGAAACUCCUGUGGUGUUCUCGGAUCAUGUUCGUCCCAUAUGCCUGCCCGAUGAACAACAACGUCGCCAAGAACAACAAAUUCAAAGACGUGCCUAUGUUCCGAAAGCUGAACGCCUAGAGGGUAGAAGUGGUGAAUCCAUAAAACUACUCGAACAUGAGACCCAACAAUAUUUCGAAUUACCCACAGUUACAACAAGUUCUGAAAUGUCGGAUUCUCAAGAAGGCAAUAACGAUGAGGAUGAUUCCUAUGAAGCAUCGGCAUACAAAAUGCCCCAGGCCGAAUCAUUAGUAUCGGAAAUUGAAGCAGCCGAUUUUGAUAGUUACCCUCUGCCAGAAAGUAAUCCCCAAGUGCAAUAUUAUGGUGUUAAUCAAACGACAACCGCAACAACUCCGGUGGGUGUUGGUGUGGGUCCUAAGGUUGUGGCGACAUCAGCAGAACAACAUCCCGAACAAAUGUGGACAAUGUGCAAUACAUUGGGUUGGUCACGGCAGCGUGAUCAUCUGCAGCGAGUCCAGUUGAAAAUCGGCGACAUGGCGGCAUGUGAAAAUGUCUCAAUCGCCACGGUGAAUAGCAUGUGUACGGAGGCGACAUAUCAGAAGCACGAUUGCACGGUAAGUGGUGACACACGUGGUAUUUGUUAUAUCCGGUUCGAGUUUGAAGUACUCGAUGGAAGGGUUGAGUGUUUGACAUAA